GUGUGUGGAACUCAAGCCCCCGGCCGGCCAUCGAAGAAUAGCGGUCGUUAAAUAUUCAUCCUCCGUUCCCGGUGGCACACUUUUCCUCUCUACUGACCGACCCCUGCAGCUCUGAGCCCCGCCAGAGCAGCAGCAGAGAGAGGAUGGGGAAACGUGACUACGGAGCUCCAGUGACGUGAUGCAUGUUGGGUGUGCCGGAAGAAAGGAGCCUUCAUGGGGACCAGAUUUGGGCAGUGUACAACUGCUUUGGCCAGGUGGACCUGUCCUCACACAGAUACUGAACUUGCAUAUAGUGCCAGCACAAAGUUAACUAGGCAUAUCUAAACCAAGGAAUCUUUUAAAGCAUUACAUCCUGAAGAGAGGGCAUGGUGUGCUCCUAGCCACUUGUCAAAAUGCCCGGAAAGAAAGACCCCAAGAAGGAUGCAAAGAAGGGUGGAAAACCUGAACCAGAGAAAAAGAAAGAGGAGGAAAAGAAAGGGAAGGAUGACAAAAAGGGAGGAAAAGAUGACAAGAAACCCAGCAAGGAUGAUAAGAAAAGUGGAAAGGAUGAUAAGAAAGGGGGGAAGGAUGAUAAGAAAGUGGGGAAGAAGGGAAAGGAGGAGCCACCCAAGGGGAAAGAUAAUGGAAAGAAAGGAAAAGACAAAGGAAAAGGUAAGAAAGUGGAGUCCGAGGAGGAAGAGGAAGAGCUCCUGAGUGAUGAGGAAGAGGAUGAAGAGUUAAGUGAAGAAGAAGAAUAUGAUGAGGAAGAAGACUCAGAAGAUGACAGGAGAGGGAAGGGGCGAGGAGGCAAGGGGGCUAAGGGAAAGAAAGGGGGGAAGUCUAGACGUGGGGACUACUCAGAAGAAGAUGACGAGGAGGAUGAAGACGAAGAAGAGGAGGAUGAUGAGUAUGAAGAGGAUUACGGGAAAUCCAAGAAGAAAUCUAAAGAUGGCCACCACCAUAAAGGAGGGAAAUCGGAUGCUGAUGCAAAGAAGAAAAAAGCCAAAAAGAAAGAGGAAGUUCCUCCGCUUCCAAUAAAGGAAAUCCCAAAGAAAGGUCUGAAGAACAUGUCCAGGAUGUUCAUGAAGUUUUCUGGCUUCAAGAGGCGCAGGAACAGCAGGAAGAAGCUGAAAAGUACAUCUCGUUUGUUCCUGGGGUUGGGGAAGAGAAAGAACCGCCUUGCUAAGAAGAAACGCCGCAAGUCCAUCCUGAAGAACACUUCUCGAUUCAUGAUGAGGUUUAAAGCCAGCAAAAAGAGGAAAAAGGAGAAAGAGGCCAAAGAGAAGGAGGCAGCAAAUGGUGGGAAGAAGCCAACCUAUAUGCUGCUUCGUCUGGGAGGAGGGAAAGAAUCAAAUGAGAAGAAGGGGGGCUUCUUCAAAGGCUUAUUUAGAAAAAAGAAUGGUGAUGGGUCUGCUGACGACUUCAAGAACAGAAGUGUGUUGCUGGGUAAGGUUGCAGCAGCAACUAACUGGUUGACCAAACGCUUCCUGUCCACUAAAAUGCGAGGACAUAGAGCACAUAGGCGACAAUCCAGCUCCAGAGGUUAUUUCCAUGGUUACCAUAAUGAUGGUUAUGAGCAUGGGGAGGAGGCUUAUGGAUACGACCGGCAACAUUCAGUCCGCCAGAAAGGUUAUGGAGGCUAUGAUGAUGGUUAUGGUGGUUAUGGAGACGAGGCAACUGCAGCAUAUGGAAACCAGGGUCAGUUUGGUUACUAUGACAAUGGAGCAGGGGGAGCAGACUAUCAAGUCCUGGGUUACUAUGAGGAAGAAGGACUCUAUGAUCCAAAUGCAGAAUAUUAUGAAGGGGGUCUUUACAAUGAGGGCAUGGGGGACUACUAUGAUGCUUAUUCCUCUGCCCAAGGCUACUAUAACAACCAGGAAGCUGAUAACUAUGGUUACCAGCAACAACAGGCAAUCGCAAUGUAUGGUGACGAGGGUCUGGACUACUAUGCACUAAUGGGUGACGACCAUAAUAUAUAUGGAGAAGAGGUAGAUGGAUUCCUUGACCCUCAGGCUCAGGUUUAUUAUGAUGAAAAUGGUCAAGGAGUUUACUACGGUGAUGGACAAGGGGGUUACUAUGACAACGGACAGGCAGGUUAUUAUGAGAACCCUUAUGCAGCAACGAUGGGAAUGCAAGGGGGAUUUCCACCAGACUAUCAACUUAGUUAUAGUGAUGCUGGCAUGCCCUACCAAGACUACAGCUCACUGCAGGCCAUCGGAUUCCCACCAGGAGGCCAGCAGGUCUUUGGCUUUGGAGGGCAAGGGAUGGAUCAGGUACAGGGCCUAUAUGGAGACCAGUAUGCAGACCAGUUGGAUCAAUAUGGGGAUGAUACCGGUGGAAUUCAAGGAGGGGAGAUGACAUUUAGAGUUCCUAGACCUCAAGUGCGCCUAUUUGGGAAAGAGCACCUAGAUGUACGCCUUCCCCCUCCACCUACUUUGCCACCAGAUCCAGAAUUUGAAGACAUGUCAGAAAUCCAGUAUGAAGACCAGAUUCCUCUUGCACCAGGUCAACUUGGUGACAUGAUGUCAUUACAGCAGCAAAUGGGAAUGUCACCACAACAACAAAUAAUGAUGUCUCCUCAAGAACAAAUGAUGGUGUUUUCUCAACAACAAACUAUGUUGCCCCCUCAAGAACAAAUGAUGAUGCCCACGCAGAUAAUGUCACCGCAGCAACAGAUGAUGUCACCACAGCAGCAGAUGAUGUUGCAACAAGAACAAAUGAUGAUGCCCCCGCAAAUAAUGUCACCGCAGCAACAGAUGAUGUCACCACAGCAACAAAUGAUGUCACCACAGCAGCAGAUGAUGUUACAACAAGAACAGAGUAUGAUGCCAUCACAGAUUAUGUCACCACAGCAACAAAUGAUGUUACCACAGCAACAGAUAAUGCCCCAGGAAAUGAUGUCACCACAGCAGCAGAUGAUGUCACAACAAAUUAUGUCACCACAAGAGCAGAUGAUGUUGGCACAGCGACAGAUGGUGUCUCCACAAAUUAUUUCACCACAGCAGCAAAUGAUGACAGACCCGAUUAUGGUGUCACAGCAACAGGGUUAUGGCCCAUUGUCGAUCCCUACUCCAACUGCCAUGAUUAUUAAGCAAGCAAAUAUGUCCCCCCUUCCUGCGCGGCGCAUGCAACCCUCCCCAACUCCAUCCCGGCGCUCUGUCAUCAUGUCCUCGCCACAGAUGCAGAGCCAUCCCUCUGCCAUGGCUUCCCCACUACCGUCUCCUAUGCUUCCACAGAGACGCAGCCCAUCCCCACAACCAUCCAUGAGGAGUGGGUUCAUUAAUGCCCAAAGACCCCCCUCUGUUAUGUCGAGACGAAUCUCCCCUCCUUCCUCCCCUAUGGCCUCCCCCCUUGCCCAUCGUAGAAUGCAACCUCAGAGAUCACCAUCUCCCCUAGCUCGAAGGCCCUCACCCCCUCACUCUCCCCAUGCCUCCAUGAUCCGGCGAAGUCCUCCACCCUCACCAAGAGUGUCAAUGAGACAACAUUCUCCACCUUCCUCACCCCGUGCUUCCAUGAGGAGGCGAAGUCCCCCACCCUCUCCCACUCCAGCCCGCGUCCCGUUUGGAGGGAGGAAGAUGCGUGGGCCACCCUCUCCUCCCCUCUCAACUGGUCAUGCAUCUCCCCAUCUCUCUCCACAGCUCAGUAGAAGACCAUCUCCCUCUCCCUCCCCAUCUCGUCGCAGUUUAUCCCCUGCAGGGCACCGGCCUGCCCCAUCAUCUCCUACCCUCUCUCGUCGCUCAACUCGGCUACUCAGGGACCCCACACCAUUGGCCCGGCCUAGGAUGGGGGGAAAUGUUCCCUUGGGUACUGUCAGGCCCUCGCCUAUGGGUCUCCGAGGGCGCCCAGUGCCCCCACCCACACAGAAUGUGCGUCCAUUCCGUGCCUCCUCCAUACGAAGCAAUAGGUCUUCUGUUCUCACAGUGGACUCCUCCCUCCACUCCUCCCCUUUUCACUCCCCUCACAUGGUCCACCGUGCUCCCCUGCGGAGGAAAGAAUCUGGUCGAUUUCCUCCUCGCCCUGUGGCUCGAGGACGUCCCCUCAUGGCCCAGCAGUCUAUAAGAAGGAUGCCUCCCGUCUCUCCACAGCCCUCCCUUAAACACAUGCCACAUCCUGCAUCCCCACGCUUCUCUCCUCGACUUUCUCAUCAGUCCUCCCCCCUCCUGCCCCCUCGAGCCACCCAUCCACCCACUUAUGCACCAGAAACUUAUGUGUCCAGCCCCUAUUCUGAUCCUUAUACUGAGCAGUCGCAUCAGUUUGUUGCCCCCUCUUCUCCCAUGUUAUCUGGUGCUUUGCAGAACCAGGCUAUUCGACAGGCCUCUUUCGCCUCACCCCUUGGCCCAGAACCAGCCCAAGUGGUAGGCAUGGGUGAGAUGGCUACUGAAUAUGUAGAACCUUAUGCAUCCCCUUUGCUUUCUGGUGCAAUGCGAAACCAGGCUAUUCGAGAUGCAUCCUAUGUUCCCUCACUGCAGAGACCAGUGUCACCUUAUGAGAUGCCUAUGGUCCCUUCAUCUCCCAUGCUGUCUGGGGCUCUGCAGAAUCAAGCUAUACGAGAUGCAUCUUAUUAUUCUCCUUUACAAAGGCCAAUGUCCCCUUAUGAACAGCCUAUGCCCCCUUCAUCUCCCAUGCUGUCUGGGGCUCUGCAGAAUCAAGCUAUACGAGAUGCAUCUUAUUAUUCUCCUUUACAAAGGCCAAUGUCCCCUCAUGAACAGCCUAUACCCCCUUCUUCCCCAAUGCUGUCUGGAGCUCUGCAAAACCAGACAGUGAGAGAAGCCUCCUAUGCUUCUCCUCUUCAAAGGCCUCAGUCCCCAUAUGCCCCAUCUGUACCUUCAUCUCCAAUGCUCUCUGGAGCUAUGAGACAUGGUCAGGCACUAAGAGGUGUGGCUUCUUAUCAGACUCCUCAGCUCCGUUCACCAUAUGGACCAACUGUUGUUACUCCAUAUGAUUAUAUCUCUGAGCCUGGCCCAGCACCACUGCUUCAUGACGCUCUACAAAACCGAUCUGGUUUGCAGAAUGUCUCAUCUUUAAGAUCCCCUAUGAUGCAACGCCGUAAUCCUUAUGCACCAGCUGGGCCUCAGCUCCACAGUGCUCUUCAACAGAACCCAAACCUCCGCCAAGCAUCUUAUCAGACACCUGUGCAAUUCAGACAGUCCCCAUAUGGCCCCCCACCACCCUCUUCACCAAUAUUAGGAAGUGCCCUACAAAACCCACAGCUGAUGCAGGCAUCGUACCGGCUGCCAGAUGGAUCCUUGGUGUCACCAUAUGCAGUUUCACGUUCCUCCCCGUUGCUCGGCCAUGCCUUGCAAAACCGACAAGUCCGUGGAGCCUCUUACACCUUGCCUGAUGGAUCAGUUAUCAUGAACCCACAUGUGCCCCAGAAUCCCAUGUCUCCUAACCUUUCCAGAGCUCUUCAGAACCAGGGUCUCAAGACUGCUUCAUAUACUCUCCCUGAUGGCACCAUUAUAGACCCUAGACAGCAACAACCCAUUUCCCCAAACCUGGCUAAGGCCCUAAAUAACCCAGCUCUGCGUGAAGCCUCCUAUUCUCUCCCCGAUGGUACCAUUGUGAUUGACCCUAAGAAAGAGAAGUCUCCGAACCUUGCAGCAGCACUUCAGAACCCCUACCUGAAAAGUGCGUCUUACACCCUGCCCGAUGGUACUAUCAUUAUUGAUCCACGGAAACCUGUCUCUCCAAACCUCUCCAGCGCUCUUCAAAACUCUGCUCUGCGGAAUGCCUCCUUCACACUACCAGAAGGCGUUCAUGACCCCAAUACACCCAUUUCACCAAACCUGGCUAAGGCCCUUGGGAACCCAGCCUUGAAAGGAGCUUCAUACACCCUCCCAGAUGGAACUAUUAUCGUGGACCCAAGGAAACCAAAGAGCCCCAAUCUGACAGCCGCCUUGCAGAAUCCCUAUCUAAAGGGUGUGUCCUAUACUCUGCCUGAUGGAACCAUCAUCAUUGACCCACGGAAACCAGUUGCCCCUGACCUGUCUAAAGCUCUUACAAAUGAGAACCUUCGUAAUGCAUCAUACCGACUCCCUGAUGGUUCCCUGGUUAUCCCUGGCCAGAAGCCCUCCACUCCCAACCUUGCAGCUGCUCUGAGGCAAAACCAGGCAAUUCGGUCUACAGGUCUCUAUCAUCUGUCAGAGAACUCUGUACUGUCAGGUGCACCCAAACCCACAACUCCCAACCUUGCCUCUGCGCUGCGGAAUGAGGAACUCCAUAGUGUCCGUUUCAGGCUGCCAGAUGACUCUCUUCUCACACGUCGGUUCCACAACCCAAGCCUGUCGGAUGCCAUCCAAAAUCAGCAGCUUCGCUAUGCUUCAUACAGCGUGCCAACAGGCCUGCAGGGUGAGGAUAAUCGCUAUGCUGUGGUUCCUCCCUAUGGGCCACGCUCAGGACACUGGGCCAGGAAUGCCCGAGGAGGAUGGGAAGGAGGGGAAGAUGUUUGGGCAGCAGAAAGGGUUUUACCACAUGGGACGGUCCAGAAUCUGUCAAAAUGGUCCAUGUACAGAGAAGACGGGGUGCUAGAAGGAUAUUCACCCACACUUCGAGUUGUGGAUGGACAGCCUCAGGACACAGACUGGACUCCUGACAGAGACAGAGUACCUGGGCAAAGCUGGUAUGACAAGAUCUACUCUAUCCUGAGCAUGCCCACAACAGGCCACAGGGUGAAACGCUGGGCAGAGGGAAUGGAGGACAUGACACAGCUGCCUGAGCUGAAUGAGACCACAGUUCUGAUGAACCUUAAGAAACGCUAUGACCAGGACCUUGUAUAUACCUACAUAGGCAGCAUCCUCCUGUCUGUGAAUCCCUACAAGUUGCUCAACAUUUAUGGCACAGACAUGGUGCUUCAGUAUGGGGGCCACGGCCUGAGUGACAACCCUCCUCAUCUUUUUGCCAUUGCUAAUCUCUCAUAUACCACCAUGAUGGAUGCCAAAAAGGAUCAGUGUAUUGUGAUCAGCGGAGAAAGCGGGUCAGGAAAGACUGAAGCUACUAAACUGAUCCUGCGUUACCUGACAGCCAUACAUCACAAAUGCAAUGUCACACAACAGAUAGAGAUCCUAGAGGCCACGCCCCUGUUGGAGUCUUUUGGGAAUGCCAAAACAGUGCGCAAUGACAACUCUUCACGCUUUGGCAAAUACACACAGAUCUACAUGGAGGAGGGUGUAAUCAGCGGUGCCAUAACGUCCCAGUACCUGUUGGAGAAGUCCCGCAUUGUCUUUCAGGCCAAAUCGGAGAGGAACUACCACAUCUUCUAUGAGAUGUUGGCAGGUCUUCCUCCUCAUGAGAAGCGCUCACUCUAUCUGCAGGAAGCUGAGACUUACUACUAUCUGAAUCAGGGAGGGGAUUGUACCAUAGAGGGGAAGGAUGAUGGGGAGGACUUCAGGCGUCUGCUGAGUGCCAUGGACAUCCUGUGUAUCACCCCAGAGGAGCAAAACAGCAUCUACAGACUGCUGUCCUCUGUCCUUCAUCUGGGGAACGUCUACUUCCAGCCACACCAGACUGAGGGUCAGGAGGUCGCAUCGGUGGUGAGCGCACAGGAGAUCAGGGUGGUAGCUGAGCUCCUGCAGGUCUCACCUGACGGCCUACAGAAGUCUGUCACCUUCAAAAUGACAGAUACAGUAAGGGAGAAGAUCUUAACUCCGCUCACAGUGGAGAGUGCUGUGGAUGCCAGAGAUGCCGUUGCCAAGAUCCUGUACUCGCUGCUGUUUAGUUGGCUGACAGAGCGCAUCAACGGAAGGGUCUACCCUCGCAGCGAAGCCCUCUCUAUCUCCAUAUUGGACAUAUAUGGAUUUGAGGAGCUACAGGUGAACAGUUUUGAGCAGCUGUGCAUCAACUACGCCAAUGAAACUUUGCAGUUCUUCUUUAACAGGGUCAUCUUCCAGGAGGAGCAGGAGGAGUACAUGCGGGAGCAGAUCAAGUGGCAACAGCAGCCUUUCAACCACAACCAGGCCUGUCUUGACCUCAUUGCUGCUAAGCCUCAUGGGAUACUGCGCAUACUGGACGACCAGUGCGGUUUCCCUCAGGCAACAGACCACACCUUCCUUCAGAAGUGCCACUAUCACCAUGGAAACAACCCGCUAUAUGCCAGGCCAAAGAUGCCACUGCCAGAGUUCACCCUGAAACACUACGCUGGGAAGGUCACAUAUCAGGUGUACAAAUUCUUGGAUAAGAACUUUGACAUGGUCCGCCAGGAUGUUUUAGACCUCUUCAUCCAGAGCAAGAACAGAAUGGUAUCCAGCAUCUUCUUAAAGCACUCAGAGUCUGUGUCUCAGCAGCGGUCUAACGUGCGGCGCAGCAGCGCAGCUCGGCGUUAUCAGGCCAACACGGUCAGCGCAAAGUUCCAGAGCAGCCUGCAGGAGCUGCUGGAGAAGAUGGAAAGGUGUAACCCUUAUUUUGUGCGAUGCAUCAAGCCAAACCAUCAUAAGGAGCCAGGAGUGUUUGACAUGGAGCUGAUCAGCACUCAGCUACAUUACUCUGGUAUCAUGGAGACCAUCCAUAUCAGGAAGGAGGGUUAUCCAAUCAGAUUGCACUUUCACAGCUUCCUAUCAAGGUAUAAAGCCCUGCUCUGCCUGAGGGAUCCUCCACCUGCAGACGGAGAAAACUGUGUCAUCAUGCUCCACAAGCUCGGUCCGGUCAAGAACGGCUCGUAUCAGCUGGGAGUCAGUAAGAUUUUCCUGAAAGAGGAGCUGUAUCAGUUGUUGGAGGGGAAGCGUGAUCGUGUGCUGAACAUCGCUGCCAUGACGCUGCAGAGAUACACUCGCAUGUGUUUUGUCCGAAAGAAGUUUACCAAAUUCCGGCAGGGUGUGACCAUGUUUGAAGCUCGCUGCAGAGGCUACCUAGCCAGAAAAAAGUUUGCUCUGAGGAGAAAGUACCUCAUCAGGUUCCGCUCCACCGUGCUGCUCAUCAUCAACUGCCAGCGUUACAUGAGGACAGUGGUGGAGCCUGCAAGGAAGGCAGAGGAGGAUCGCAUCAAUAGAGAAGUGGUGAAUGUGACAACACUGCCUAUCCCUGCUGAGCUGGCAGCCCUGCUACAAGCGGCCUCAGGUGGUGAAGAGCUGCAUUCUGACUGCUUGGCGGUGGUCCAGGCUCCAAAGGUUCAGGUUGACCCCCAGCUGACCCUGCCCCUGGAUAUCAACAACUACCUCAUGACACACUACAUCCGGGCCAUAUUUAGGGAUCCAUUGUUUGGGAUGCUGACAGCCCCGCUGGAGAGUUCUCUAAUUCGAAUGGAUGAGGAGCUAAAACAAGGAGCCCUGAAUGUUUUCAUUCUGAUACUAAGAUUUAUGGGUGAUCCUGAUUUGAAUGGGGCUCAGGAGAAUCUGUUUGGGAACUACAUCAUCCAGAGAGGACUUGCCAAUCCCAGCCUCCGAGAUGAGAUCCUGGCUCAGGUAGCCAAUCAGGUGUGGAGGAAUCCCAACAUUUUGAAUUCAGAGCGUGGUUGGCUCCUCCUCUCCUCCUGUCUUUCUGCCUUCCUGCCCUCUCAAAGGCUGGCCAAGUACUUGCUGAAAUUUGUGUCUGACUAUGGGUCGGAGGGCUAUGACUGUGUGUGUCAGCACCGUCUGCUUCAAGCUCUGCAGCGGUUGAAUGUCGGGCCAGAGUAUGUCCGGACGUACCCACCCUGUCUGCUAGAGUGGACCGCCAAUCGCAAGAGAGCUCACACUGUUCUGCACAUACACUGCUUCGAUGGUGUGUCCUUCCUGUGUCCUCUACACUCUUGGACGACAGGAGAAGAAAUGGCCAAAGACAUCUUACAACACAGGGGUGUGGUGGAGGGCCAUCAAGGCUGGUCUGUGCUGCUGAAGGAGCCAGCCCAGUGGGUGGAGCUGGAGGGCUCAGACUAUGUUCUGGAUCUCAUGUCAGACCUGGAGCUUCCUGCUGACUUCCCCAAACACAGCAGCUACUUCAUUAUCUCUGCACAGGAACCAACCAGAGUGCGGCCCAAUGCCAGCAUAAGCCUGUUGGGUGGUGGGUUUAACAUGAAUGAUGAUGUCAUAACUUCAGCCAUUCCUGGCUCUGAUGGACCAGACUUGGAGCCUCAGAGAGGGAUGGAUCGUUAUCUCGACAGCCUGUUUGACCCUGUACUGUCUGACAGAGCUGGAGAGGUAGAAUCAGCUGCAGGACUGUCCAGCAGGAUGAAGGGGGCUGGUGGAGUUGGAGGGGGGUGGCAACUGCAAGGGCAGUCAACCGGCCCCCCACCUCCACCUGGAGCUGUGAGAGUCCUUCCUGUUGGAGGCGUGAUGUCGCCUCCUGUUGCUGCGGUGGCACCUGUAACAUCUGAUGCCCAGCAGGCUGUUUUGGCCCAGCAGCAGGCUAUCGUGAACCAGCAGGCCAUCAUCAUGGCCCAGCAGAUGACCAUGCAGGCCAUGGCCAUGGUCAGCAGCCCUGUGACAAGCCCCCCCACCUCCCCGAUCACAAGCCCUCCCAUGAGCCCUCUGCUCCACCACCCUCCCAGCCCGUACGCCCCCGCCAGCCCUUAUGGUGUCAUACCCCCGAGUCCAUAUGCUAACAUCCCACCCAGCCCAUACGCUAACUUCACUCCCACUCCCUACACUGCAGCAAACAUCCCACCCAGCCCCUAUCCUCUAACUGCUCGACAGGAACAAACUCCAUCACAGCCUCAAGCUCAGCCUCCUGCUGAGCCCCAGACUCAGCUUCAGGCCCCCCACCACAACCCUCAGCCGAGCUCCACUAAAACUAACAAAAGUGAGCCAGCACAGCCUAAAGCUAACGCUGCUGCACAGGUUCAGUCAGGUAAGGACAGUGUUCCUCGGAGGAAGGCUCCUGGCAUCCCCAUAAACAAGGACACACCAGUCAGGAAGUUUGCUCCAGUGGUGACGUCUCCUCCGCCCCCUGCUGGAGAGGUGGUGAAGUACUCACCUCGGUCUUCAGAUAGCAUCGUCCCCAGCCAAGAUAUCAAAGAAAUUAUCAAAAGGUACAACUCCCCACCUCCACCGCCAGACCUGCUGCCACCUGGCAAGAGGAGACCAGAGGGGAAGUUUAGGAAGAAGCAAACUCCUCGUGAUGAAGCUUUACAGAUCCUCAAACCCCAGAUGGACAACCCUCCUGCUCCACAGCCCAAACGUCCUGCCGGCCCCUCGCCAUCUGCGUCUGCAAUGAAAGAGGCAGGAUUUAAACCCACCAAAAGCACGAAGACAAGAGCACCUGAUCGUCCUCUCCCCAUACCUCCUCCAGUUUCUCGAGAGCUUCCUGUAGAGACAGAGACCAUCCAGACACAGCUUCAUCAGAGCACCAAUGAAGAGCACUACACCUACACCAAUGUUCCCUGGAGACUGUACCUCAGGAAGGAGGUUUUUUAUCCCAAAGACAGCUUCAACAAUCCUCUGGUGCUGGACCUCAUUUUCAAACAGAUAGUGAACGACACUCUGUCAGAGUCGUGUGUUCGCAUCACCCGGGAUGAAAGGCAGAAAAUGAAAGCUCUUUUCGCUAAACACGGGAUUAAACAGAAUAUGGAUCCAGUGGAGGAGCAUGUGAAGAAAACAAUCGUCACGGCAGCCAGGGAAACCUGGGAAAUAUACUUCUCCCGUCUGUUCCCUGCAUCGGGUAGUGUAGGAACAGGUGUGCAGGUGUUGUCAGUGUCCCACAGCGGCAUUAAGCUGUUGAAGACCGUAAAAAGCAGCGCUACAGCUCCAGACUACUUCAGAGUCCUACGACCCUACACCUAUGCAGACAUCCUGUUUGUAACCAUCCCCUCUGAGAACAUGCUGGAGUUCAAUCUGAUCAAUGAGAAAUUGAUCCUGUUCUCAGCCAAGGCACCACAAGUCAAACAUCUCAUAGACACCUUCAUCAAUGAGAUCAAAAAGGACUCAGAUUAUGUGAUUGCAGAGCGAAACUUUGUGACAGACGACCGCUCGAUGCUCAGUUUUCACAAAGGUGACAUCAUAAGGCUGCAGGUUAUGGACGGGCUGGAGAAGGGUUACAGCUAUGGCUGUGUGGUGAGGAAGAAGGUGGUGUUUUUGGAAGAUCUGAAAAGAGACACUCAAGACUUUGGUUGGAAGUUUGGUGCUGUGUUUGGCCGCUCCGGAGCAUUCCCGGCCGAGUGCGUCCAUCCUAUUGCUCCCCCUGACUUCCUGUCGCUGCCACUGGACCGCAAAGCAGAACCUCGAGGAGGAGCUGGACAGUUCGCUGUGUCAUCAGCCAUCGCUGUUGCCGUGGCGUCCACCGUGGCUGCACAUGAGAUAGAUCAAACGAUAGAGAGGGUUUCACUUGAUGGCUUUGCUGAUGGUGAUCUGGAUGACAGGGCGCUGCAGGACAGUAAAUAUGACAUGUUGGAGUUUGCUAAGAAGUACUUCAGACAGGGAAGCAAAAGGAAGGGAGAUUCCCUGAAGAGCAGCAGCAAGAACAGAGACUCCAGAGAGCCCACUGAAAUGAUCAAGUUCUCCAAGACUCCUCUGACUGAGUCUCUGAUAGAGUUUACAGACCCAGCCAUGAACAGAGUGGCAGCUGAUCUCUUCCUGUCGGUAAUGCGUUUCAUGGGUGACUCUCCGUCAAGGGGAUUGACAGAACAGGAAGUGAUCAGCACUUUCCUCAAGCUCAUAGGCGAGUUCACCUUGAUGAGGGAUGAGGCUUACUGCCAACUCCUCAAACAGCUUACUGCUAACACCAGCUCCAAACCUGAUAGCUGCCAUCGAGGCUGGAGGCUGCUGUACAUCCUGACUGCUUUCCAUCGCUGCUCUGAAGUCCUCAAGCCCUUCCUGCUGAAGCACCUGCAGCAGGCUUCUCGCAGCGCUGGGGCACAGUAUCAGGGCAUCGCUAAAGCAUGUGAGCAGAACCUGAAGAAGACGUUCCAGUAUGGUGGCCGCAUUGUUCCACCCAGCAGCAUGGAGCUGAAGGCUAUGAUGGCGGGACGUAGUUCAAAACGUCAGCUGUUUCUCUUUCCUGGAGGAAUUGAACGUCACACGAAAAUCAAAACGUGCUCCGUUGCCCUGGAGGUGAUUGAGGAGCUGUGUUAUGAGAUGGGUUUGCACAGACUGGAGGCCAUGGAAGAAUAUGCCAUAUUUUUAGUCACCAAUAGAGGUCAGAAUGUGCGUCCUCUGAACAAGCACGAGUACAUCCUGGAUGUUGCGACUGAGGCCGAGUUAGUCGACACCAGCUACAGCUUCUGGUUCAGACGAGUCAUCUGGACUCAACCUCUCAAGUUUGAGAAUGAGCUCUGCGUCGCCAUGCACUAUAACCAGAUCCUACCAGACUACCGUAAAGGCCUGCUAAAUGUCCUUCCACAUGGAAAAGUGAGCGAGCAACAGCUCCACCAGAUCUCCAAACUGGCAGCUUUGCAGCACAGAGCCAAAGACAUCAUCUUCAUGCCCAGCAUACAUGAAUUAUCGGAGUACAUCGCCACACCUCUGUUCAAAAAGCAGCCACCCCAGCAAUGGGUUACCAUGGUGAUGCAGCACAUGCAGCAAGUGCAGACCCUGAACCCUCACCAAGCCAGAGCACAGUUUCUGGGGCUGGUCAGUGCAUUCCCCAUGUUCGGCUCCUCGUUCUUCUACAUCCACAGCAGCAGCUCCACCACCUUCUACGCCCCCUGUAUUGUGGCUGUCAAUCAACACGGUCUCCACUUCCUGCACAAAAAUACACAUGAGUUGAUGGCAGUGGUCCCCCUGGUGGAGGUACAGUCCAGCCGCACCCAGAGGCCCACUGCUGGAACGAGUUACCCAUAUGUAGACUUCACCCUGGGGGACAUGAACACACAGCGGGUCAUUCAGCUGCAGCUGGAGCAGGGCCUGGAGUUGUGUCGAGUCAUCGCCAUGCAGGUGGAAAACAUGAUGUCUGUGCGGGAGAAGAGACAAACCCUGCCACCCAGCGAAAUCACCAUGUUAUAACACAUGCUCUUGCUUCUUGAGAAGUUAAUGUUAGUUCAUGUUUCUUUCAGGUUGACACCUUUAUAAUUGCACAUAUUACUGUAGUUUUAAUUGAUUAAACACUAAAGAUGUUGUACGUGUACAUAAAAUGUUAAUGAACAGCGAGGAAGCGUCAUAGGCCUGUGCCUUGUCAUUACAAAAUUUUAUAACUGAUGUGUAACAUGUUUUUUAUUUUUUUAUAGGCACUGUUUACUGUAAAACUUGAUGUUAGUGUAAACAAUUGUUGUAUUCAACUAAUAUUAAUGCAUCAACUUUCUUGUUUUGUAAAGAAUAUUUUAUCAAAAUAAAAUAAUUUUAAAGAGGGCGAUAUGAGCACUUCUGCACUGAGUGAUUAAAAGGAUUAAACAAUGAUUAAAAACAAGUAUUUGGUAUGAAGAGGUAUCAGUAUAAAAUGGCACAAUUAAAUGUUUGAUGGGUAUCAACACUAUAAUAAAAAAUCAACAAAGCCCCUAAAAUAUUUAUUUUACUGAACAAUGUCUCAGGCAGGGCUGCAAGUAACAAUUCUUUCAUUAUUGAUCGCUUUUGCAUUGAAAGACUAAUCGCUUUAUCUAUAAAAUGCCAGAAAAUUGUUAAAAAUCGUGGAGUUUAAGCGACUGAUUAAUCGAUUAGAUGGGCAAAAGAAAAUUAAUCAGCAGUUAUUUUCCUAAUCAAUUAUUUGUUUACGUUGUUUUCUUUGUCUUUAAUGACAUUUAACUGAAAAAUGAUUUUGGACUGUUGAUUGGACCAAACAAGCAAUUUGAAUAUGUCAGUUUGGGUUUUGGUAAAUUGUAAUUAAGUAAAUGUGAUUAAGCUGUACAUUAUUUUCUCGAUUCAUUUUUAAAUGUCAGACAAUAAUAAAAAGGUUUAAACCACAGCCAU